CAGGACACUAAGACUCCAGUUACUCUUGCUAAGGUUAUCAAGGUUUUGGGCAGAACCGGCUCCAGAGGUGGUGUCACCCAAGUCAGAGUUGAGUUCUUGGAGGACGCCUCCAGAACCAUCGUCAGAAACGUCAAGGGCCCAGUCAGAGAAAACGACAUCUUGUGCUUGAUGGAGUCUGAGCGUGAGGCCAGAAGAUUGCGUUAA